AUGAAGCAAAGAAUUGAUAACAAUAAAUUAAGUUAGGCAAUUGAAUUUUUAAGAAAGAUGAAGACUUUGAAAUAUGUAGUAACUAUUUUAAAGGUUACACUAAUAUUAAAUCUUUAUAUUGAUCUACUUCAAAAGAAAUAACUUUCAGAAAUAGAAAAGUACAUUGAAAUUAAUAUUAAUCAAUUUCAUAAGGAAUAAAUUUAAAUGUUUAAAAAUAUUAAUAGAUAAAUUAAGCAUAAUUUUAAGUCCAAUAUGUUUAGAAGUGCUAAACGAAUUCCUCGGAUAAAUGGAAAACAUUUUAGAUAAAUUCAGAUUAAUUACUAUUUUAUGA